AUGAUAGUCUGCCUGCUGUUUGAUUUAAUAAAAUUGGAUGUUAAAAUUGUCUGGAAAGAAAAACAUAAAAGAGCAUUCCUAAAGCCAAAAAGAGGACUAAAAAUAUCAGUUAGUAUAUUCCGACUCGACUUCUUACAGCCGUUUAUAUUGGAAACAGGAGCCUAA